GGGAUGAAGUAAAAGGUAAGGAGAAAAAGAAUGGCACGAACUAUGAUCAAACGAAGAGUGGAGAGCGACCAGGUGAAAGAAAGAACGAAAGUAUCACUGGUAACAAUGAAAGACAAGCAAGGACGGGUUCAACGAUACUGCGAGAUGAAGAGACGGACCGUGCUGAUGAAUUGGCGAUGGAGAUGAACAAAGAAGAAGGAAAAGAAGGUAGGCAUACGCCUGAAGAUCUACCAAAACGUGAAGAAACUGAGGAGAGACACAUUGAUGAUGAGAAACGGAGGAUCGAUGAAGGAUCUAGAGGAAAAGUAGAUAAGAGCACGGGUAGAGAAGAAUAUAGCGAUAGAUCGAGGGAAAGAACAAGUGUGCGAGGGGAUGAUAAAUUGAAACAAGGAAUAACCACGAAUGCGACUGAGCAGGAAGACAAGGAAAUGAAACAGGAAAUAAAUGAGGCAUUGGGCUAUAAUGCAAACAAAGGGUUGAAUAAUGAAAUGAGCCAAAGAGCAAGCGAGGAGUUGAAUGGUAACGUACAUGGAGAAGUGAAUGAUGAAGUAAACAAAAGAACGCGCGAUAAAAUGAAUGAACCGGAUGAAGCACCCUACGACCCACGUGUUGAAUUAUCGAAUAAUGCGAGUAGGACGCCUAAGAACAGAACCGAGUUAUUGAAUGAAAGAAAUGACCGGAUAGAGCAACCAAUGGAUGUAAGAAGAUCAAGUAGUAGUUCAGAGCAGUCUUUAAGAACCGUAAACAAAGCUUUUGGCACAGUGAACGAGCCAAGGGGUUUGUCAAAUGGCCACAACAGCGCACUCAAAACCAAAGAGUUAAGAGAAAACAGUUGGGAGCAUAAAAGCGAUGAGGAGCACACAAACGAGAUGAACGCGAGUGAGAUGGGCAGAGAGGGCAUUGUGCUGAAGAAUGGCACGGCGUGUGUUGGAAACAGUAAUGUGGAGGUAUCACGCAGUGUGCAUAGCAGUGGCGAGACAAGCGAAAUAAGAUUGGCUGGUGGAGAGGGCUCCGACAUGGCACAGCUCACACGGCAGGUAAAACAUGACGAGAGUGACAAGAGCAUUACGCUCGACGAGCUGUCAAAAGCGGGCAUUGCACUGCCCGAGGACGUGGGCCCGAACGAUAUGCUCAAUCUCAUCAAAUUCCUGUUUACCAACACAACACUUCAGGAGAAAAAGAACAACGUUCAUGCGCUGCAUAUUUUGUUAAUGCUGAGCAUAAACAGCGAUAUUUUUGAGGAGGGUCGGCUGAACGAGGUUGUGCGCAUUCUGCUCGAUCUGAUAAAUUUUCAGGAGGCACUGAUGUAUGCGGUGAACUAUAGCAAUCUGCUCGUGAGCACGCCUGCACCUGGUGAGGACAGCACGGGUGAGAUGGAGCACAACAGUUCAGGCCAAUCGAUAGAUACGUGUGCAUCGAACGUUGAAGCGGUAGAUGCAAUGAUUGAGAGCAAACUCGACAAUUUCUACUUCAGCAACGGCAAGCCCGUAAAGUACAUAGCGCUCGAGCGCAUUAACCUUACCAAUGACACCCUGCUCAUCGUUGUGAAGCACUUCAACCCGUUCCACCACGAGUUCUGGAUGAGCUAUGUUGAGCAGAAGGAUCUGAGAGAGGUGUUCUUUAUACUUAGACACGUUCUUAAAAGCAGCGCGCUUGAAAGAUGCAAGCGUACCCUUUUUGUACGUCUUUUCUACGGCUACGAUGAGAAGCUCUUCAUGGCGUACGAGCUCAUUUACGAGAGAGGAUUUGAGGAAUUGCUGAUUGAGGAGGUGCAGAUGAAUAAGAGCAGGAGGAUUGAUUAUGACCGGGAUGUGGUUGAGGAAGAAGUUGUUGGGGAGGGGAACGAAACGGAAGGAAAUAUUGGGAAAGGUAUGGAGAGAAACUUUAGAAGUGGGAUUGGGGGAAGUGUUGGUGGAGACAUUGAAAAUGAGGUGCAGGGAGAGAAGAGGAGAAAUAUUGGUGACCGUACCGGUAGAGACAUUGAAAAUGAAAAACGAACCGGUGAUGAAAAACGGUACGGCGAAGAUAAAACAAACCAAUCGAGCGGUAUCAGCCGCAAAGAAAAUGACAAGAGUACCGUGAUUGUGGACCAAAGGAACAAGCACGGCAAUAAAUGCGAGCAGAUCUGCCUCAAAAUACUUAAAUACUCCUUCAACGUGCUUAACACCUUUACGUUCUACAAAACACUCAACAUUAUCAGCAACCGCCCGAUCAUUCCGUUCUUCAGUUCGCUGAGCUCAUCAGCACUGUUCAACAAAAUAAUCGAUGACCGCAACAUCGUACUGAUGCACAAAAUGCUGCAGUACAACCACAAAUUCGUAAAGCAUCUGAGACGGGGCGUAAAUCUGUUCGAUGUGAUAUUCAAUGCGCGUGCCGUACGUACGUACGCCCAGCUGCCCAAGACCAGUGAGGAGUACGUGCUCGUGAUCAGCAUUGUUAAGUACCUGCUCAGGUUAAAUUUGGUGCCAUCGAUCAAUUACAGCGCAAUUUACGCACGAGCACCGCUCUCUUUCUUCUAUGACACGUUGGAGUUGGUUGAGCAUGUCUUGGCGGACAAGAACGCGUAUCCGUUCUUCUUGGAGAGCGUGCCAAGAAACAACAUCGUGUUCAAGAUCAAGAACAGGGAAUUUCUGAAGGAUUUUUAUUUGACCGUGGUUAAUGAGUACUAUGGGGUGUGUGUUGAUUGCUUGCGGGUGGAUGGAGCUGUUGGAGAUGCGAGUAGGACAUGGUGUGACGGUACGGCUGGUGUUAAGGACGGGAACGGCAGAGAGAACAAUAAAGGAGAUGAGAAUGGCAGAGAUGAUGGCAAUACGGUUGGUAUCAAGAAUAGGAACGAAACAGGCAGUAACAGGGUGACACGCACGGUGGAACAGAUUGAUUUGGUGUUCCUGCUGGAUGUCAUAAAACGGGUGAACAAGCGCAAACAUGAGUUUGAUAUGGGGACAAUCACGGAAAGGGUGCUUUUCAUUCUAUCGGUGGUAUACCGGAGACACGGUGCCUACAGCACCAACAAAGAAAUAAUUGUGGACACGAUCUACGAUCUAAGGGAUGAGGAAGAGCUGCCUGAGAAGGACAGCUUUACGUUCCAAACGGUGAUGAACAGCAUAUUAGACAUAAUAAUAGGAGAGAGCACGUUCAUCAACGCGUACAUAAAGUACUUCAGCACGCGCCUGCCGCUCAACGAGAAGCUGAACAGGCGCAUCUUCCUGUUGGUGCUGCAGAGCAACAAAUACGCGUACUUAAACAGGGUGUUCGCACCGAACGGUCCUGUGCUGAAGAACGCGGUUGACCUGUCCAAGCUGAUAGACAUCGGUACCAUCACAGAAACAGAAAAACUAGCGAUAAACAACGUGUUUCUGGAGCGGCUGAAAAUAAGCGGGACAUCGUACUUCAACCUGUUCUUCAACGAUUACAUCGCCAACCAGAAGAAAAUCGAAAAUGUGUCCCAUCUUUACUUCCUGAUGAGCAACAUGAACAAAAAGGCGAGCACUCACCGACUUAUUGAGAUGUGCCUGCAGUACCUGUGCAAGGCGGUGCAGAGCAAGAAAAAGAUUGGAAGCAAUCUGAUGAGGGUGUGCUUGAGGGGCUGUGGAGUGCCUUUGAGCGAUAGGAGCAGGGGCUACGUGUGCUCGAUCGCGUAUUUCCUUAUCAAACGAGAGCAGGAGGUUAAUUUGGAGGUGGAGGGGUACAACGAGCGGUAUGAGCACGUCAUGCUUGUGCACCAGGGUGGCGAUAGGGGCAGAAAAGAAGCUAUGAGCAAAAAUGAGAGUCGCGAGAAUGACAACUCAAGGGGUGCAUCCAGCAUACGAAACGAUUGCACAUCGUGCAACAGCGGCCAGAGCAUCGGUCUAGACACGCUCAUCUACCACAACAUAGGCAUCAAGGAGUACUUCGAGUACUUUCUCGAAUCUGCAACGUUCUUUAAGGGCACAAAGUGCUCGCUCAUCAAAAAGAGCAUUUUAUUGCAGCAAAUCGAUGCUGACCGCAUACAAGAGCUGUUCUCACGCCUUAACUCCAAUUUCUUCACCGGCAAGGAAGCAGAUUCGCUGAACAAGGCAUCCGUUCUCAAACGAAUAUCGUUUUUCAUUCUUUCGCUCGAUUUUGAGGCAUUUUCAGCACACCUCCCAGCCAUAAUUCCGAUAAUCAACGAGCUCAUCGAGUAUCCCAAGCCGGUAAAACGCGAAAUAUACAACCUGAUAAGCGUGAUAUUCAUCAAAUUCCACCACAACAAUCUGAGCGCGCUCUUCCCGAUCUACUUUUCCGAGAUAGAGAACGACAGCUUGCUAGAAAGCAUACGCAGCCUGGAAAUGCUCAUGCUCAUAGGUUCUAAGGAGACCGUUGAGUUUAGGUGGUACAUUUCGUGCACCAAGGAUGAUAACACGUUGUUCAAGAGGAUGCUAAAUGAGUUGUACAGGGGAACGGAGGUGCGGCCGUAUCUUGAUCGGCUGCCUGCUACGAGGAUGCCGUUGUUGAUGAACGAUAAGAAAGCAUUUCUGAGCCGUGCUGAGAGUUAUUAUGAGAUGCUUGAUGAGAGUGUGUGGAGUAUUGAUGAGGGACUGCUGAGCAGUCGGAUGAUUGAAUGGUAUGUUGGGGGUGUAUAGAGCUGGGAAUAUGACAUGGCAUAGAACAAGGCGUAGAUAUUGAAAUGGUAUGGAACAGGGCGUAGGUAUUGAAAUGGUAUGGAACAGGGUGUAAAAUGUGGUUCAAGGGUGUGGAGUGGACAUGGCAUAGAAUAGGAUGUAGGUAUUGACAUGGCAUAGAAUAGGGCGUGGGGUGGACAUGCAGUUGUGUAAAUACGACGUGCUCGCAGAGCCAUACAAACUCGUUCUAGCAAUAGAGCGUUAUAAAUGCGGUGUAUCAUUUUUAAUAAUUCGGUUGUGCUGCUAUGGAGCACUCGUUAAAACUAUGACCGGUAUAAAACCGUGUGAUGAUGAUGCACCAUCUACAACGAUAAAAUAUCGUAAACGGAGCGUUACAUCGUACGCUCACUGCUCGUGAA